AUCACAGAGGUCCAGAUAGGAUCAACAACAAAAGGAUCAUUCAAACGAAGGACUGCAGGACCUGUGUAACACGUCACGACAUGGCCAUCAAAACAGGCUUUUGUCUGCCGCAUUCUACGCUACGUCUUUGGACGCUCCUGGUGAUCGUCCUGACUAUCGUCAUUAUACUUAUUACGAAUAUCGACCUCGGCUAUGUCAGCCACGUUUUCCCACAAUACGUCACCAGCUUCAGCGCAUCAUGUAAAGCGGAAGUCAGUGCCCCGCCCAUCGUCCUUGUCGACGCCGUGUUUCCGGUUAGGAUCGAAGUUUUCCGUGGGAACAUCAGAUCCCUUCCCCGGUCCUACGCGACAGUUCGUUUCAACCCUGGUAACUCCACUCACGUUUCCACAGUGGAUUUGUACUACGGUGUCGGGACAACAAACCUGACCAUCUCAAGAGUCGGAGUGUUGCAGCUCUCCGUUACCGUGGAGACGCGAGAUGACCACGCCCCUACCGAGACCUGCCAGGCCAGCGUCAGAAUCAAGUCCGCCCGCUCAUUGACCCGUGAAGCGGGAGAUCAACUGAUCCACAAGUUGCAAGGACCAGAUCUGUGUAAAAACUGUUGCAAAACCGUAUGGUCUCUGGAGUUCGGAAAUUAUGAGAACUGGAUCAUGGAAAACAUACGGGACAUGAAACGGGCCUCUAUUCAUCCGCCAGAAUUCCGGAAACUGGAGUGCGGAAUGACGUUUUCUGCAGACCUGUACCAACACAACCACAGCGACUGUAUCGUGCAGAAGGUUUACGUCAAGUCGGCCUACAGUGGGCAUCGCUUAGGGGGUGAAAGCCACUUGCGAGAGCUAAAGACGCACUACUUGGACCGGGUGAUGCAGACCAAUUUGACCGCGAAGUCAUUCGGCGUGAUUUGGGACUUCUCACACAUUCCUGAAAGAGAUUCAUCCGCGUUAAUCAAGAAGGCAAUGAUGUGUCCUUCCAGUCAACGGGCCACACAUGGACUUUCAGCUUUCGUUACGGAAUAUAUCCCAAAUAUUACAAUCUACACUCAUGGCCGUGGGCUUCCCCAGCCUAAUAACGUCGACAAGUACAGGGCUUUCCUGUACAUCGGCAACUGCAUGAAGUCAGCACACAGCCAUUUCGUCAACAAGGAGACCAACGACUACGUGCUCAUCGACAACGACCGUUGUCUGGUGGCCGAUAGGGUCGCGGGGGGUCAAAGAAAUGAUGUUAAUCACCUUGCUAAGAUGUUUAACAAACGCCCUGUGUGUCAGGUCCUUGACGAUGUCAUCCACAGGUUGAAGCGGAUGAACGCAGUUUCAUCGCAGGUUCCAAGUCUUGGGACGCAGUUUCGGAUGGAAGUUGAAUCGCACCCUGCCAUGGCGCCACUCGUGUUGGAGGAAGACCCUGACAUAUACGAGGAAGUGGACGGGCGUGUGUCCGUCCUAGUCGCUGAGUACAACGCUCUUUGCGAGGGUAACAACCCUGACAAGUUCGACAGCUCUCUUAGAAAGGUGUACAAGACAUCGGCUAUCACGGAAUCAUACUUGGUACACGGCAGGGACUACGUUCUUGCAAAGUUUGCGGACGGUAUGAAAGCGUACUUGAAAGUUGUCGGCGGUGAGGUGCGAGAGGACAUUGACGGGUAUGUAUUCAAUGGGGGCCUCGCUGAGCUGGUAGCGUAUCACCUCGACCGUCUGCUCGGGAUGGGUCGAGCGGCUGUCUCCGCUGCACGGCGGCUGCGCCUGGACGGGACGGUCCCGAUAAACGGCGUCAUCAACGUGCAAGGGGAGGUGUUGGAAGAUUUCAGCGGUAAAAGGGACACACUGGGCCGGUACCUUACUGAAUCGAAGACGACAUCUAAAAGCAUACAGUGGAUAGCAAACCAACUUCAGAAAGGUCAACAUGAACUUUAUCAUUCUCUAAAUGUUGUUGUUGUAGGGAAAAUGAAGUCCCUAAAAGACAAUAUAGAGCUACAUCCACAAGUCGGAGAAUUCUUCAAUCAUAGUGCAAACGUUUCUGAGCUCGAAAAUGUCGGAGUGACAAGGCAAAUGUUGCGGGAUCUUGCCGAUAUUUUCGUGUUUCAUUUCUUAAUUCACAAUCCUACAAAAGAAAGGCUGGCUAUGUCGGAGCUGCGCUUCGUGAGUAAUGAUAACGAUAAAGCAUUCUGGCCUGACGUCUCAACCAACGUGUGCGAGUCCAUUCUCAGAUGCCCUGCGUCGCUUCAACCCGAAGGUACCCGAGCAUCUACGGAGAAACACGACGCGUGUCCGAAUAUCUGUUCAAACCCUGAUGUGCUUCCUUCGGACCAAUUCGUGAACUGUCGCUUUACAAAGCACAUUGCCUCCAGACUUAAAAGGUUCAGCGAUAAAACAGGACCUGGCCAAAUGUUCUCGUCUAAACUACGACAAUCUCUCAUUAUGAAUGAGACUAUUGAUAUCGAUUCGUUCAAGUCUUACUUUGGCAAAGUGGCCUUAUAUGAAGGGAUUGGCGCAAGGCUUGAUCGUUUAGCAAACUAUAUAAAGCAAUGCAUGGUCAGGUUUGGUGAUGGAAUAUUCAUAUGAUAUCAUUUUAGCAAUUGAUAAGUACGCUUUGCCGGUUUAUCUAUGUAUUGAUGACUAAUUAACUGAUAUCACAUCGCUGAUGCUGGUAGAUAUCUUGUCAUGAAGACGACAUAUAAUUUACAUAUUUAGUAUGAUAUACCAUACUGUAAAACUUAAGUAAGCCAUUUAUAUGCACACUGAUAACGCGCA